UUAAAUUCAAUAUACUUAGCAUUAAUUGAUAUCACAUCUUUAUAGUGCUUAAUGAUCUAAUAUUUUUUUUUUACUUAGCCAUUUUUGCACGAAGUUUACGAAGGGUUUUUGUUGUGAUUUAUACAAUAUAGAUGGUUAUGACCCGCCGACCGCAGACACUCGUCGUCAUUUGCUCCCACCUAGGCCUCGAGCUGCAUACACGAAAUUGAGUGGGGGAACCGGCCGAUGCGACGACGACGGCUAGCGUGAUUCUGAAUUUAAUAUAAAUUUCCUUUAAAAAUGCCGCACUUUUUCAUGAAUAACGUAAGCGCCGCCCCUAAUCGAAUCUAUUUUUCUACUACAGAUUAUCCAAACAAACACAAAAAAAUUAAAUAAAUAUCACUCCAUUGUAAAAUCAAUACAUUCAUUGUUCCGCUUAGAAUCUAAAAUCUAAUUAUUAUAUAAUUAAAUAAUUUUAAAUAUAACAAAAUAUAUUGUGUAUAAUAUGAUAUUAUAAAAUUGAUAUUUUAAAUUAAAUUAUCCUUUGGUGUGCUUAAAUGUGUGUGGAUUGACUGUUAAUACUUUUAUUUUUUAACUCUCGAUCCUUUUUAUUAUUUUGAAAUACAUAAUAGGUACCUAAUACUAUAUUAUAUUUUACAAAUUUUUUUUUUGCUUUAAAUUUUUAAUUAUUAGAAAAUAUAGCUUAUAUGAAUUCUUGUAGUUCAUAAAUAUUGUAUAUUGUUAUUCAAUAGUUAUUACAAAUGUAGCAAAAGUACCAUGCACUUUAGUCCUGGAACCAUGAAAAAUAUGGCCGACGGAACAAUUAUAGUGAUGAGGUCUCACUCUAAUCAUGAGCGUGAAGAUGAUACCCCUCAGUUAAUAGAUGCUUUAAAAGCAGUACUAAAAAGAAGAGCUGCUGCUGAAAAUAUUUUAUUAAAAGAAAUUUACGACGAAGAGUGCUUAAGGCAUCCAAUAGCAGCUAGCUUAUAUCCAUAGCCUACAGCUGAAUCUUUAAUGCGUUUGGCCCGUAGGUCAGUAAUGCCUAGAUUGCCUGGGAACCUUCAGGAACUAGCAUCCUUAUUUGAUAAUGGGCAUCUUCAAAGAUUCAAUUGUUGUGACAUUACGAUAUUUAGGAGCUGUAUUCGUGACCUUGAUGGUAAAACUAGCCUGAUAUUUGCAUGUCCAGUUUUGUCACAAAGUUUUUGUGGUACUGGAAUUGAGGAGCUUCAUGUAGACGCUACUUUUAAAGUGGUUCCAGUAAACAUGGGCUAUCAAUUAUUGAGCGUACAUGCUAUGAUACAAAAUUAUUCAAUACCAAUUAUAUUCGCACUAAUGGAAUCAAAGUCUAGGAAUUCAUAUGACAGUGUAUUUCGAUAUGUUAAAGAUAAUCUUUUAGCAAACAUUUCUCCAAGGAUUAUCAUAAGUGAUUAUGAAUCUACACUUAGAGAUGUUCUACAAUCAUAUUUCCCUGAAGCUCGAACAUCUGGUUGUUGGUUCCACCAUAAUCAAGCAGUUUUUAAAAAUAUGAAAAGUAAAGGAUACUAUAGGCUUGUAAAUACUAAUCAAUUUGCACUGCAAAGCUUAAACCUUUUAUUUGGCCUUCCACUGCUUCCAUAUCAGGAUAUAGAAAGAGCAUUUCAAUUAAUUAAAAUGUAUGCAAUCAACCAUGGAGUAGCGAUGCAUAAUUUAUUUGACUAUUAUGAGAGGAACUUCAUAAAUUAAUGAAUUAAACAGAUUGCCUGUUUAAACUAUUUGAAAAAAUAUCCAUCGAGCUCUCAUAAUAUGGUAUGUAAUAUGGUAAUUUGUUAAUGUAUCUGCAUCUUAUUUUUAAGCUCCAAAUUAUAUAGUUCUGAAGCGUACUGAAUGGUCCACAAUGUUCGAAAGUUUACUUUCUUAAAAACAAAUUACGCGUUCAUCCUGGAGUGAUCAUACGACAUACGUUUUAAUUAUUAUUUAAUUCAACUCUGUGAAGGUACUAAAUGUUUUAAAAAAAGUUGUUUUUUUAAAUAUCCAAUGAUUAUAAAAAUUCGUCAAGUAUUUAACAGCUUUACUGUAAUGGAUGUGUUAAA